AUGGAUUACCACCUGCUUGGAUUAACUUUAGCUUUUUUCUUCGGUGAUACAAAGGUCCUAGCCGGUUACCCUAUUUGGUGGUCCCUUGCAUUAGGCCAACAAUAUACAUCCCUGGGCUCCCAGCCAAUUCUCUGUGGUUCAAUUCCUGGCUUAGUGCCUAAGCAGCUUCGCUUCUGCCGAAACUACAUUGAGAUCAUGCCUAGUGUGGCUGAAGGUGUGAAGUUGGGAAUUCAAGAGUGCCAACAUCAGUUCCGGGGGAGACGUUGGAAUUGCACCACCAUUGAUGACAGCUUGGCUAUUUUUGGGCCUGUUCUAGAUAAAGCUACACGAGAAUCAGCUUUUGUGCAUGCCAUUGCCUCUGCUGGUGUAGCAUUUGCCGUCACACGCUCAUGUGCUGAAGGUACUUCAACUAUUUGUGGCUGUGACUCACACCAUAAGGGACCACCUGGUGAAGGAUGGAAAUGGGGAGGAUGCAGUGAAGAUGCUGACUUUGGAGUACUUGUCUCACGAGAGUUUGCAGAUGCCCGAGAAAACCGUCCAGAUGCUCGCUCUGCCAUGAACAGGCACAAUAACGAAGCUGGAAGAACGACUAUCUUGGAUCACAUGCAUUUAAAAUGCAAAUGCCAUGGCUUGUCUGGCAGCUGUGAGGUUAAAACAUGCUGGUGGGCCCAGCCAGACUUCCGGGCCAUUGGUGACUACUUGAAGGACAAGUAUGACAGUGCUUCGGAGAUGGUGGUAGAGAAGCAUCGGGAAUCCCGUGGUUGGGUGGAGACACUGCGUGCCAAGUAUGCCCUCUUUAAGCCACCAACCGAGCGUGACUUGGUCUAUUAUGAGAACUCACCCAAUUUUUGUGAACCCAACCCUGAGACUGGGUCAUUUGGUACAAGGGACAGGAUGUGCAAUGUGACCUCACAUGGGAUUGAUGGGUGUGAUUUGCUCUGCUGUGGCCGUGGCCAUAACACUAGGACAGAGAAAAGGAAAGAGAAAUGCCAUUGCAUCUUCCACUGGUGCUGUUAUGUCAGCUGCCAGGAAUGCAUUCGUGUUUAUGAUGUUCAUACCUGCAAAUAA